CCCUGUAUCAUGGACCUCCUACUCUCUGCAAUAAGCUCAAAAGCCAGAGUGCACACGCAGCACAGUGAUUGCUGGUGAGCUGACAGGGGCUGCAGGAGACAGAGAGAGACCAGAGAAACUCUUUACUGAAAAACCCCAACAUAGUAAAGGCAAUAAAAUCCAGACAACUCUGCAGGACUAGUCUCCGAUCAGCGGUUUAAGUCAAGCAGACAAGCAGAGGGAAGACGGAGCGUCAGUCCGUCUGCCCUCCUCAGAGCUGCACAGAGGAGACACGCAGAGGAGGAAAGAUUCCCCGCAACGCAGAGAGAGCCUCGGGUGAGGAGAAGAGGAGAGCGGAGGGCAUUGGAUAGCCAACAACGACCAUGGCAGCUCCAGACUUAUUGGAUCCAAAAUCAGCCACUCACAACACGAAGCCCCGCCUCUCCUUCUCCAAAAAGCCAAUAACACUGAGUCCUCAGGAGGAAAGUGAGGUCAUGGCCACGGUGAUGAAGUGGAAGACAGUCACGGCCAUCUUUCUUUUGGUGGUUCUGUACCUGGUGAUAGGAGCGGCAGUCUUCAGAUCCCUGGAGCAGCCUCAUGAGAGUGCCCAGCGUUUGGCCAUCCUGUCCCAGAAGCUGGAGUUCCUGUCCCAGCACUCCUGUGUCAACCAGAGUCAGCUGGAGGAGCUAGUUCAGCAAGUUGUGUCUGCUGUCCGAUCUGGGGUGAACCCUGCAGGAACUUUGACCAAUCACAGCAGCCUGUGGGACCUGAGUUCUGCUUUCUUCUUUGCUGGAACUGUCAUCACAACCAUCGGUUUCGGAAACAUCUCUCCCCACACUGAAGGAGGGAGAAUAUUCUGUAUCAUCUACGCGCUGCUGGGAAUACCCUUGUUUGGUUUCCUCUUGGCGGGUGUAGGGGAUCAGCUCGGCACCAUCUUCGGGAAGGGAAUCGCCAGAGUGGAGAAAACGUUUGUGCACUGGGCAAUCAGUCAGACCAAGAUCCGAGUCAUAUCCACGCUGCUCUUUGUGCUCUUUGGCUGCCUGCUCUUUGUGGCGCUCCCGGCGGCCAUCUUUAAACACAUCGAGGGCUGGUCUGCGCUUGAGUCCCUGUACUUUGUGGUCAUCACCUUGACCACCAUUGGCUUUGGAGACUUUGUGGCAGGUGGGUCAGACAUAGAGUACCUGGACUAUUAUAAACCGCUGGUCUGGUUCUGGAUUCUGGUAGGGUUGGCCUACUUCGCCGCUAUCCUCAGCAUGAUAGGAGACUGGCUCAGAGUCAUUUCCAGGAGGACAAAAGAAGAGGUCGGAGAGAUCAGAGCUCACGCUGCAGAGUGGACCGCCAACGUCUCUGCCGAGUUCAAAGAGACCCGCCGUCGCGUGAGCGUCGAGAUCUACGACAAGUUCCAGCGAGCCGCAUCCAUCAAGCGCAAGCUGUCCUCAGAGCUGGGAUUCAGCUCGGCGCCCGAACUCACCCUGCCCAAGAGGGCCAUGUCGAUCAACUUCAGCGACGGAUGGGACCGGAACGAGAAGGAGGCCGGGCUCCACGACCUGACCACUCCACUGACCAGAAACGGUGGAUCGCUCAUGAACGGGCUGGACCCAGAAAGAGGAGACGUCUCAGUCACUGAACACUUCAAGUAGAAAAAGGAUUCCUCUAAUUUUGGCCAAACAAAGAGCCUGAAGAACAACGGAACAAGGGCUCGUCGAAAACCGAUUUCAUUUUAGACAAAUCUCUGUUUUCUCCACAUUACAAAGGUAGCCGGCAAUUUGGGUCAGCAAGUAACCACACUUGAAGGACAACCAGAACAAUUCUGCUUUAUGUUUAACUAUCAAAACAGUUUGAAGCGCUUGGAUUUGUCACACAGUGCCUGUCUGUGUCUGAAACACUUUAAUGUAUUUUUUAGCAAAAAAAACAAAAACAAGAAGACCUGCAGAACUGUCUUUCUACAUGUCGCCUCAAAUGACCUCGUAGGACUGUAGAUUUAGUCAAAGCAAACUCUUAUCCAUGCAGGUGGUAGACGAGUAUCUCAAUACACAAUUAUCUUUAUUACGUAUUCUAACGGUUUACUUCAAGUACACGGCUUUACAACUUAGACUGGACUUAGCUUGUGUUACUUUGUGCAGUUUUUGACAAAAGAUUUAAAGUCUCGUCCUGCACAGCAGCAUAUUUAAAAUUGAAAAGCUUGAUCUUAGUAUCUUUUUAGUCCAGAAGUUUAUGAUAAUUUAUUAUUAGUGUAUAACAGAGUCAUUUUAUAAAUGUCUUACAUGACCAAAUCCAACUCUGCACAUGUUCUCUUCUGCAUAUUGAACUGGAGUUGCUCAUUUUUUAUUAAUAGCACA